UCGAGGAAAGCAGAAAACCAGGGAAAGCUCCAGUAAAGUAUGCGAACGAGGCCGGCUUUGGCCAGGAGAGAUAGGAGAAAGCCUUCUGCUAGAGGCUGAUGGAAGCGGACCUGCGCUCCACCCCGGGAGUACCUGCGUCGCCACGCCGCAUGCGCUGCAGGCCAAGUUGCGCGCAAGUAUCUCCCUCGUACUGCCUACCAAGUCCGUACCUGAGACGCGCCUCUCUCCUGGCUGACGUCGUGCUGCCUCUAGCCACAGCCCACCCCUCCAAACCAGAAAAAUGCCCUUCUAGCUUUCUAAGGGGGGGCCGCAUUAGUGCGAGGAGCUUAACAGGCCCAGCGAGCCCACCAAACUUUAGCGGAUAUUCGUACAUGAAGAACACCACUACCCCCCCUAUGAAUGCCGCAUUAAUACCAGGCAGGUUUCUAUCUAAACAUCGCCGUAGCACCACAGGUGAACUAAGUGCUGCAGCAGAAGCAAGUAUUGAUACCUUGCUGCUGGCCAUUGAUCAAUUUUCGGAGAUGAAAGCACAAAAAAAAAAUUCAAUCUCUAAAAACGACUAGCGGCAACGAGCUAAAGUCGGGACAGGCUGAGAUGAGGCCAGCGGAAAUAUGCUGCUGCUAUUUUGAGCUUCUUAGGGAGGCGGUGCGGCAAUUGGCUUGUCAGCCCUCCGCCUCGCAGGAACGCUGCAGGCGCCUUCUGCAUAGGUGCGCUGUGGGCUUUGUUUG